AUGAUGCUGGCCGUACUACCUGUGAAGCACGAAGAUGCAACUCAGUGUGUUGCCCUUCGCCUUGCGAGCCUUGGGAGUCUCGUCAUCGGCAGGUUACCCGCAUACCCAGGAUACAUUCAAGAUCAAGAAGCCUCGCUGCACAAGGACCUCGACAGCAGUCUCCACGUGCAUCACUUGAAAGUGGUGGACGCUCAGAGUCAAGGAGGGGAAAUCGUGGCGUACGCAAAGUGGGAGGUCUACGCCGAUGGGCGUCCCGACCUCGCGCAGCUGCGCCAGCCCAUGAAGCAGUCGGAGAUGGAGGUGGAUCGGUUUGGCCGGCUGCGGAGAGCUGCGUAUUGGUAUUUCUCUCGCUGCAAUGGUGAGACGGGCAAGCGUCCGCACAUACUCUUAGCCCUACUCGCCACGGCCAGCCAGCACAGGAGACGAGGCGCAGGAGGCCUCCUGGUGAGAUGGGGAAUCGACUUGUCCGAGACGACGCGUCUACCAUGCUAUCUCCAGGCCUCUGAACAGGGUCGACGAUUAUACGGCCACUACGGAUUCAGAGAGAUUGAUACGGUCGAGUUCAACCUUUCGGAAUAUGGCUUAGGUGAGGGCGUUGAAAGGAUGACGGAGAUGGUCAGGAUUCCUGCUGCCGUCGACGGAUUACAUUCGCCGAUUCAGAGAAUCUAG